AUGUGCUUAGUGUGGUGCAAGACCAAGCUCGUCCUCCUCGUCUUCUCGUCCUGCGCCGGACAAUGGCUCGCCGAUCCUAUUACUUUUGAAGUGCUUCGAUGCGCAGCGCCGCACCGCUACUACGCCCAUGGAUGCUUCUGUUGGCAGGUUUAUAAAGCCAACAAAUUGAUCGUGCUGGACGCACGCAGGAUGGAGUUCUCUGCCCUCAACCUUCCGUCUCCACCUGGCCGCUAUGGGCAGCAGGUGGCCAUUGUGGAGGCAGGAGAAGGAAGGCUUGGGAUGCUUACUAUCUGUGAUAAAAUUCAAAGUGAUGCAUAUCAUCUCUUUUAUGCUGUACAGUCUACGGAUGGGAAUGGCGCAAACCAGUGGCAAUCCAAGUCCCUGAUCUCUUUGCCAGAAAAUUAUGACUAUUGCAUCAUGGGUGUAGCAGGUGGAUACUUACUCCUAUGUGGGUAUCCGGAAGACAAUAGGCCAAAAGUAGUCUAUUUCUCACUGAAUCUCCAGACUUUCCAGGUUGAGUUGUUCUGUCAGACUGAUGAUUAUGUCCUGAUUGGUGACCUGUAUGCCGACCUCCCACCGUCCUUUUCACCGCCAACUCUUUGA